CAAAACCAGGGCAGAUCCUAUGAAGAAACACUGGGGACAGAGAUGGGAGGAGUAAAAGUAUUGCUCUGCACACUCUACAUGCCAGCAUAGUCAAUUAGUGUGGAGCAGACUGGUGAAGCAGAGUGUUGAGGCUGCAGUUCAUGGAAUCAGUAGAUGAAAUUUGACUUUCACCUGUGCUUCAUAUGCAACUGAUCUGCUGAGGAGCUCCCUGCAGAAGCAAGCUCAAAGAAAAGCACUUUUGACAGCCUUCCUGUUUCAUCGUCUGAACUUGGACCAGUCAUAUCCACACAGUGUCACUCUAACAGAAGGUGUCAACAUGCUGGAGCAGGUUCUGUCAUUUGGCCGCUCCCUGGUGCGCAGGAAAGUGGUUGACCUGAGCAGCCUGGAGGACUCUAAGCUGUGCCGGUGCCUGGGAACUGUAGACCUCAUUGCUUUGGGAGUGGGCAGCACCCUGGGUGCCGGCGUCUACGUGCUGGCCGGUGAGGUGGCCAAAGGAGACUCCGGCCCUAGCAUUGUCAUCUCCUUUCUGAUUGCCGCCCUGGCCUCCGUCAUGGCCGGUCUGUGUUACGCUGAGUUUGGGGCCCGCGUCCCCAAAACAGGCUCUGCUUACCUUUACAGUUAUGUGACUGUAGGAGAGAUCUGGGCCUUCAUCACUGGUUGGAAUCUUAUUCUCUCCUAUGUGAUUGGUACCUCCUCAGUUGCCAGAGCUUGGAGUGGCACAUUUGACGAAAUGAUAGGAGGACACAUAGAGAUAUUCUGUAAAACCUACUUCAGCAUGAACUCUCCCGGUCUGGCUCAGUACCCUGACUUCUUCGCUGUCUGCCUGAUACUGCUGCUCUCUGGCCUCCUGUCAUUUGGGGUGAAGGAAUCAGCCUGGGUCAAUAAAGUCUUCACUUCAAUCAACGUGCUCGUCCUCCUGUUCGUCAUCAUCUCUGGCUUUGUGAAAGGAGACACGUACAACUGGAACAUAACUGAAGAAUCCCUCAUAAAUGUCACCAUAGUCACAAGGAACUUGUCCGUCACAGCCAACGUGAGCAGUGAUUAUGGAGUCGGAGGAUUUAUGCCCUACGGCUUCAGCGGGACCUUAGCUGGAGCUGCCACCUGCUUCUAUGCUUUUGUUGGAUUUGACUGCAUUGCGACAACAGGUGAGGAAGUGAAGAACCCCCAGAGAGCCAUUCCCAUCGGCAUCGUGGUGUCACUGACUGUGUGCUUCCUGGCGUACUUUGGAGUGUCAGCUGCACUCACCCUGAUGAUGCCUUACUACCUGCUCGAUGAGAAGAGCCCCCUGCCCAUGGCCUUCGAAUAUGUGGGGUGGGGCCCUGCCAAAUAUGUGGUUGCGGUGGGUUCACUCUGUGCCCUGUCUACCAGCCUGUUGGGCUCCAUGUUCCCUCUGCCGCGCAUUCUCUUUGCCAUGGCACGAGAUGGUAUUCUGUUCAAAUUUAUGUCCAAAGUGAGUAAGCGCCAAUCGCCUGUGGCUGCCACCAUGGCGGCAGGUACCACUGCGGCCAUCAUGGCUUUCCUGUUUGACCUCAAAGCCCUGGUUGACAUGAUGUCCAUCGGGACUCUGCUGGCCUACUCGCUGGUUGCUGUGUGUGUACUGAUUCUCAGGUACCAGCCAGAUGGGUCUCUGGAGCGGCGUCCAGGCACCGGUGAGAGGGAUUACCUGUCCUCUGAGGAGGGCGAGUCAGACCUGACAGAGUCAGAGUCCCACCUCAACAUGCUGAAAGGUGGCAGCUCCACCCUGCAGACUGUCCUGCACCCCCCUGUUUCACCCUCUGAGCAUUCCUCCAGUGUGGUCAACAUGUCCAUUGGUGUGCUAGUGCUGGUAGUGUGUGUGGUCAGCUAUCUCACCACAUAUCACAUCAGCUCCAUCCUUGGUAUGGAGGUGUGGAUCCUUGCAUCGCUGUCUAUGUGUCUCCUCAUCUUCAGUGGCUGCGUCCUCAUGGUCUACAGGCAGCCUCAGACCAGCAAGAAGGUCUCCUUCAUGGUCCCCCUUCUGCCAUUUUUGCCCAUUCUGAGCAUAUUUGUCAAUAUUUACCUCAUGGUUCAGCUGAGUGGAGACACCUGGAUACGUUUCUCUGUGUGGAUGGCUGUGGGCUUCCUGAUCUACUUUGGCUACGGCAUGUGGCACAGUGAGGAGCGCCAGCGCCAACUCCAGGGUCCUCCAAAAAGCAGCAAAACCACCCAGGAAGAGAGCAAGACCAGCAGGGAGAAGCAGGCCGGCGUGGGUGCAGCAGGAAAAGACCAGGAGCGUUUCAUCUUCCCAGAGAAGACCAGCCAGUGUUAAAGUUUACCAGCUCAUUCACAGACUCUGUGAGGCAACAGAUGCAUAAAAGCACACAGCAGCUCUGCCUUGAUGCACCUGUACACACUGCUUCACUGUGCGUGCUUCAGUCACGAGCACAUUCAGUCUGCGAAGGCAGCGUCAGUAUUCUGUAUCAGCGGCCACAUGACGGGAAGCCGCUCUAUCACUGUGAUGGGACCACAUCCUGUAGGUCACACUGUACUUCAUGGACAGCAUGGAGGCAGAAUUGAAUGGACAGGUAACACUGGAAAGUGAUGUUCAUUUUACACUGAGGCAGUCGUGGCAAGACUGCUGCUAAGCUUUUCUGUUUCAUUAUGGACUUGUUUUUAGUGCAUGACACAUAUUUUGUCUUUUUUGUCUUUCUGUUUCUACAUUUUUAGCAGAUCUGUACAGGUGGAUUUUUAGUCUUCUCUCUGUGCUAUCCAUUUAAUGGUCCAGAAUAUUAUUAGAUUUUGAACAUCAAUUAUGUGUUAGUAUUGUAAGUAUUGUUAGUUUGUGGUAAAAGCACUCGUUGUUCUCUUACAUGAGUGUACAGAUAAGGAUCAAUAUUAGGUUAAAGAUGUGUUGUCCAUCAACUAGAUAUAAAUAUAUUUUAGAACCAUAUGCAUAUAUAUAUGUGAAAUUGUGAUAUCUGUAUAAAAAAAUCAUAAAGACACUGCCACAUUAAGACCGAUGUACAAUAUGUCAGAUAGUUCUGUAGGCACUUAACAUGUCAUGACUCGACUCAGUGUGUCUGUCCAUGACCUGAAAGUAGGCCAAAUGCUGAUGGAGCAUUUCAGCCUUCUGUAGGUAUUUGGUAACAAAUCAUAUCAAUCUUUACUGUGGUUCUUGAGAUCGCUGUAGCUGUUGUGGUGGUUUUAUUCAGCACAGGUUUACUUUUUCAUUGUUACUUGGGUGUGUUAUAUCUGUUACAAUCUGAGUAUGAAAUUUGUUAUUGAGACAGAACUCUCCUCAAGAAGUACUUGUAAUUUCUUUAUCACUCUGUCAGAGUAUGACUCUGUCUUUUCAUCGGUCUGAUAUUUUAUGCUAUUUUGAUACAGUUGCAGACAUGCGUUUGAUAAAAGCUUAAUGAAUUAUCUUUGUCUUAAUUAGAGUACUUUGUCAGCUAACAAGAAGCACAAGAAAAUUUUAAGUAUUAUGUAAGAAAAGUGCUUUGCCACAUAAUUUAGAUGAAAUGGGCAGUUUUCCAGGUUUCUUCUCUUUGUGUUCAGUGUCUCUUUUCAAAGAGUGGAGCCUGUGUUGCUUCAUAACCAGUUUGAAGAGACAUUUUGUUCUGAACUGCAGAGACAUUCAGAGCUAACAUUCUUUCUUCUGGGCUUUUAGGGGCCACCUGUGUUUCUGUUGUACUAUUAAUUUUAAGGCUCAGUGAGCUCUAGUUUACAGUAGAAACUUGGUAGAAAUCUGAUCUCUGAUCUGUCUUACAGUGUUUUACACCAUCUGAUGUGGACAAAUCCUAAACUUUUCCAGAAGUUAAGUUCUGCGGCUGUAGGAUCAGGUUGGUAACUGAUUGAUCAGGUGGAUUGACAUGACAUGUGAAAGUGGUUUAAAUGACUGUGGAACAAAUUCAGAAGCUAGUCUCAGCAGGAGUGACAGGGCUGCUCCACCAGACUGAACCUCUACAUGAACAGUGUAGAUUCUUCCAGUGAAGUUACAACAUCAAGAACAGAGAUAUACCUAUGAUGUCAUGAUGUAGUGUCACCUGUUACCAACUGCACAGACAAAAACAAUAAAUAUAUUUUCCAAAAAGACA